AUGAGCACCUCAGCUCCACUCUCCAAAGCAGGAGGGAAUUACUCUGACGCAAUUGCAGCUUUGAACACAUUGCAAUCCAAUGCAGCAAUCAUUGAAGCAAUUCGCAAAAGUGGAGGAAAGCUGAACGAUUUCGCCAUUCCAGAGAUGCUUGAAUAUCUUGAAAGGAUAGGAUGGAAACAAUCUGAUUUGGACAGAUUGAAUGUCAUCCACAUCACAGGCACAAAAGGAAAAGGAUCAACUUCUGCUUUUGUUGAUUCACUCAUACGGCGUACACCCGCACGAAAUGAACAAGAUGGAAGGCCAAAAGUUGGCUUGUAUACCUCGCCGCAUUUGGUACAAGUACGAGAAAGGAUACGACUUGACGGAAAGCCGAUCGAUGAAAACUUGUUCACCCAAUACUUCUGGGAAGUCUGGAAUAAGCUCGAAGAGAAUCCCAAACGAGCAAAUCCAGACAUCACACCUUUGCGACCUGUGUAUUUUCGCUACCUUACCAUCUUGGCAUACCACGUCUUCUUAAAGCUUGGCGUCAAGUCCACAAUUCUGGAAGUAGGAAUUGGAGGACGAUAUGAUUCAACAAAUAUUGUUCAACGUCCAUUGGCAACCGGUAUUACGACUUUAGGCUUGGACCAUACGGCUUUGUUGGGUAACACAAUUGAAGAGAUUGCCUACCAAAAAGCAGGUAUUUUCAAGAAAGAUGCACCAGCCGCAUCUGUCUGGCAACAGAGUGCAGGAGCAAGGGAAGUUGUAGCAAAAGAAGCCGAAAAGGUGGGAACAUCUUCUUUCAAACAGUUACCACAGCUUACCGCUUCAUCACCUGUACAACGAGCAAAGCGCGGUAUUCCUGGUGAGCAUCAAGCCUCCAAUGCACAGCUUGCUGUUGAGCUGUACCGCACUUUCCUACGAUCAGAGGCUGGAAAGCGGAAAUUCCAGGCUGCGGAAAGUGAGCUAAGCUCAGACGAGUUGAGCAAGAUUGAAAUUGCAGCAAUCGCGAAUGCUCGUUGGCCAGGAAGAUGCCAAGUGGUGCGUGGAAAGUCUCCUAGCGAUCCUGUUUGGGGACUAGAUGGUGCUCAUACCGCCGAAUCUCUCGAAGCAUGUGCUGCCUGGUUCGUUGAAUUAAGCAGUCAAUCUUCUGGAACCGCAACACAGUCACGCAAAACCUUAAUCUUCAAUACAACCCAUGACCGCAAGUCCGAGGAGUUGUUGAGUGGGAUGCUGAAAGCGAUUGCAGACAAGAGAAAAGAUGUUAAUGCACAAGGAAAUGAACUCUUCUUUGACCAUGUGAUCUUUUGUACAAAUAUCACCUACAGAGAAGGUAAAUCAGCUGGAGAUUUGACUUCUGUUGCUGGACCUGUUUCACUAGAAGCACAAGAAACGAUUCAAAAAGCAUGGCAAGUGUUGGACAAACAUGGAAAGACAAGGUCCGAUGUUCUGCCUUCGAUAGAAGAGGCUAUACAAGCGGUCAACCAGCAAGAUGGGGAUAACCACUUUGUGUUGGUUUGCGGUAGCUUGCAUUUGGUCGGGGGCGUGAUGAGCCAUUUGAAAGACAUGAAGCUGUUGGACGAAUCAUUGAAUGGUGUGUAUACCUAG